AUGAAAUGUGCCACUAGCAACAAGAAAUUAAUUGAGCCACUUCACUGCCGCCUUAAUUCACUUAAGAGGAAGAGAGACUCAAUUGUAAGGCAAUUACGUGAGGACAUUGCCCAGCUUCUUAAGAUAGGUCGAAAUGAGACUGCUUUUGCUAGGGUUGAACUGCUUUUUAAGGACCAAAGCUUGUUGGAUGCGUAUGAUCUGCUGGAUUACUACUGUGAAUUUAUUAUUCUUCACUUUCGGUACAUUCGCAGAAACAAGGACCGUCCGAAAGAUAUUAACGAAGCAGUUUCAACAUUGACAUUUGCUGCUGCAUGGUUUGGGGAUUUGCCAGAGCUCCGAGUGAUCAGAAAGCUUUUUGGUAACCGCUAUGGGCAGAAAUUCAUAAAGGAUGUAGCUGCAUUGCAGUCUGGAAAUCUUGUCAAUCAUGAGGUUGUCAAUCGUGAAUUUUUGAGCCAACAUAUUAGGGAGAAACUCUGUAUAAAGUUCAUCACUGAUGGUGAGAAGCUAAAAUUGAUCAACGAAAUAGCUAAGGAUUAUGGCCUCCAGCUGUGGUCCUUGGGGUGUGAUAAUAGACCCGAACAACAUGUUUUGCAGUUGUCUGGAAACGCAGAUCAUCAAUUGGAGAGUUUUGUUUUUAAGGGAGAGGCUUGUAUCACUUAUAGCAGCACCAGCGAAGCAAUGGUGCUAGCUUCAUAUGCUAACCAUAGCCUGGAUGUUGCGUCUAAAUUAAUCAUUGAUCCUCUGGAAAACGCUCCUAUUCUCAGAAAAGCAGUCCAAAUAGAGGAUCAUCCUCAAGAUAAGUAUAUGUAUGAACUAUCUGAUCAAAGUAAUUUAGAAAGUUCUGGCUCAAACAAGCUUUCUGCAGCCUCUUUCGAAGGCAAUGAAGACAUUGCAAGAACAGAAACUCCAGACAUUUCAUUUCAGUGUCACAAGAGAACUGUCUAUGUUGAGGAAGUGGAGGAAUUUGAGUUUAAUGGUGAGGACAAGAGAUUAUUUUUGUUCAAUGCAUCCCUCUAUCCUUUAAUUGACAAUUAUGGUGUUGAUGGAUCUACAUUGUUGGCUUUAUCCCACUAUGGUUAUAGCGACGGUAAUUUCAACAAACCUAAACCUGAGGAUAAGAUAGCACUGUCAGGGAAAACUCCCGAAAGGAUGAGGAAGUCAUAUGGUCACAGGUUGGAAAGGAGAGUUGAUGCCAAGAACAAUCACAAGCACAAAUCUUUCAUGAAAGACCAUGAUUGUGUGGUCUUCAACGGUGAAUUGCGCAUCUUUUCACCAUGUCCACUUCUAUCAUCGAAUUUUUCAUUUGCAAGAUAA